AUGGACCGGUUGAACAGAAUGCUUGCCAGUGCCCACCCCAUGGGGGCCCCUCCGGGAGCUGACAACCAGAACUUGAUCGACAACUCGGAGACGGUCUACAUAUCCUCCCUUGCGCUAUUGAAGAUGUUGCGACACGGACGAGCAGGCGUACCUAUGGAAGUCAUGGGUCUUAUGUUGGGAGAGUUCGUGGAUGACUUUACCGUCAGAGUGGUCGAUGUGUUUGCUAUGCCCCAGAGCGGUACCGGUGUCAGUGUCGAAGCUGUCGACCCGGUAUUUCAGCAGAAAAUGAUGGACAUGCUGACACAAACGGGACGACCCGAAUCCGUCGUCGGAUGGUACCACUCUCAUCCUGGAUUCGGAUGCUGGCUGUCCUCAGUUGAUAUCAAUACCCAGCAGAGUUUCGAGCAGCUAACACCACGAGCUGUCGCCGUUGUCGUGGACCCCAUACAGUCCGUCAAAGGAAAGGUCGUCAUCGAUGCUUUCCGUCUUAUCAACCCACAGUCUUUGAUGCUUGGUCAGGAGCCAAGGCAAAGUACUUCCAACUUGGGUCACCUCAACAAACCGUCGAUUCAAGCCCUUAUUCAUGGCCUGAACCGACACUACUACUCAAUCGGAAUCAACUAUCGCAAGACUGCUCUAGAAGAGAACAUGCUCAUGAAUUUGCAUAAGCAUGUUUGGACUGAGGCGCUGCAGAUGGAAGAUUUCCGACAUGAGGGCGAGCACAACAAGGAGCGCUUCCAACAAUUGGUGACGCUGGCUGAUGGUUACGAGAAGAGAGUUAAGGAGGAGACGGAACUGACCAAGGACCAGCUAAAGACGCGCUACGUUGGCAAGCUUGAUCCCAAGAAGCAUCUGGAGGACGUCGGUCAACAACUCAUCGAGGACAACAUCGUAGCCGUAUCACGGCAGAUGAUUGACAAGGAAGCGACAAUGCCGAAAAAGGAAGUAGUUUCUUCUAAUGGCCAGUCGAAUGGUGAGCGUAUGGACGAGGACGAGGAGCUAUGA